CAAGACCAAGUGACAUUUUGCGGGCCGUUUAGUUGUCGCCUUUUUUCUUUUAAUUUGAAAACUUUUUUACGUUUUUUGUUUGUUUAUUGUUUUUUCUUCCGGUUUCUCGGUUUUUUCGGUUGUUUUAUUUCAUUUUGUUUGUGUGUGGUGUGCAUUUUGAAAUUGUUAAUGAACUCAAUUAUAUAUUUGGGUGCUGUCCAAACGCCUCCGAGUUCGCAUUGCAAUUAAGCUUUCCGCCAGCUAAUCCACUCCAGAGCCUGUUCGACUUCUUUCACGGAAUUUACAACGAAAGGAAGUCCACAAAGAUGCAGUACACAAAGUGCAAAACGAUGCUGAUGCUGGCCGUACUAUCGUUAUCGCUAACGCUAUCGUUAUCGGCGCCCUCGCCCCAGCAGCUCAACACCGAGCUGGAGUCCACGCUCCAGGACAGCGGCUUCAGCAGCAGCGACCCGGACCUCAAUCCCAUCAAUGCAGAGGAGGUGUUGGGCGACGGCCAAGAGCGCAACAAAAGAAAACUACCCGAUGCGACAUUUGAGGCCAAGAAUGCCGUGCUCGGCUUCGUCUUUGGUAAAAUCGACAACUUCCUGGACACAAAGACGCGCGUGAUCGAGCAGCUGGACCGCGCCAAUAUCGAGAAGAACAAGCAGUGGGACAUCAAGUCGCCGGUGCCCAUCAAGGACUUCCAGACCCUGAUCACGGCCGUCGUCUCGCCCAAGAUCCGCUCGCUGGGCAACAUUGCCAAUGACAUCACCACUGGCGUCCUGACGACCAUCACCGCCUUCAGUGGCUCCUCGGCGGGCAAUGGCAAUGCCAAUGCCGGCCUGGGCAAUGUUGUCUCCAAGUUCUUGAGCUUCUCCGGCCCCAUACUGCAGGGCUCCUCGGGCGGUGUCAAUGGCAUUGGUGGUGCAACGACACCAUCGCCGGACUCUGACGAGGCGGGCUACUAAGCAGCACAUGGGAGUCACAGGCAGCGAGAGAGAGAGAGAGAGAGAGAGAGAGAGAGAGAGAGCAAUGAGCGCUAACUGGUUGAGCCUUGUAAUUUAUCGUUAUCCUUCGACCAAUACUUAGAUUCACUCACACUCCUGGAUGGCAUGGAAUGGAAUGGAAUGGAAUGCGGCGUGAAUGCGGAGCAAAAAUCUCGUGGAAUCUUGUCCCCCCCUCGCUCGAAUCGUUAUACCCCUAUACCUUUUUUGUUUUGUCACACCUUUUAGUUAAGCUCAACUUUACGCAUUGUUUCAUGUUUGUACAUACAUUCGGCAUAUAUAAAUACGAUUACUAUACGAUAUCAAUCAAAACCCACGACUCUAUGGCGAUCCAAAAUAAAUGAAUAAAAGGAAAAACAU